AUGAUGAAUAAAAGCAGACAAAUACUUUUGUUAUCUUUGAUCGGCUUCGCCAUAUCUUUUGCUCAAAUUGAUGAGUCAGAUCCACUUUUAGACCCAGAGGGAGUUGACUAAGUGAUCAAAGACCAAGUACAAGUUGAUAAUACUCCUAAAUCACAGUACACAGCCAAGGGAUCUCUCUCCUCAAGUGUGCACUUACUAUCACAAAUCAGUGAACCUAAUCCCAAUGUCAAGUUUUCUAUUGUGUUCCCUGAGUACUUCGGCAAAGAUUCGCAAAAGAACCUCUUAGAUUUGUCAUUGGUCCAAGGUCAAAACCAGAGAGUGUUGAUUGGUCUGUAAAACAAUGGCAAUGAAGUCAUCUACGUGAAGAACAUCUCUGGAGCCUUCGUUGAAGAUGCUCUCCUGGGUGAGACACCUAAGUAUAUACAAAACUUCACAACUGAAAGUUUUGAUGGAGCUGUAGUCAAGCCAACAGACUCAUUUUCCAUUGCCUAUGAAUUCUUCGCAUUCACAAGCAUUUAACCUAAGAACUAUAAACUAGUAAUUGCCGUGUUUUAUGCGGACUCAUAGUAUGAGUACUCUAAUCUAGUCUUCAACAGUCAUGUCAAUGUAAAUGAGAAUGAUUAGAAUGUCGGUGUCACUGGCCUAUUUUCACUAGUACUAUCAGGAGGUAUAUUAUUCUUGUUCGGAUUUGUGAUCUAUGUCAAAGUCCAAGAUAGAUUUGGACCUAAGGACGAAGGCAGAAGAAAGAAUAAAGGACAGGGUGGAGUACUUGGAACCCUUAGAGACUUAAUUAGCAAUUUAAUUAUAAGUUUGACAAUGGAUUAUUUCAGAAAACUUGUCAGUGGAAAGCGAAGACGAUUCCAUGAUGGCAACUAUGAUCUUGACAUCACCUAUAUCACGCCCAGAGUUAUUGCUAUGUCCUAUCCAGCUGUCACUGUUACAGAAUCUAUGUAUAGAAAUCCUGCUCCAAAUGUAGUCAGGUUUUUAAAGGAGAGGCAUGAUUCUAACUUUUGGAUAUUCAACUGUAGCGAGAGAACCUAUGAUCACUCGAAAUUGGAUGGAAGAGUGAGUGACUACAACUGGAAGGAUCAUCAUGCUCCUCCAAUGCACCUGCUUUUUAACUUUGUCAAGGAAAUGUAUUUAUUUUUGAAAGAGAAUGAUAAGAAUGUGAUAGCAGUUCAUUGCAAUUCAGGUAAAGGGAGGACUGGGACAGGAAUAGCUUCUCUCUUGCUAUUCUCAGGCUUUGUAAGUGACACUGAUGAUGCCCUCAGAUAUUAUGGCUGGAAGAGAUUUUCUUCUGCUCCCACAGUUAAGAAGCUCAAGGCAAUAGUGGUGAAGUCAGUGCCGAAUAUAGAAAAUGAUGAGACCAGACUCUAUGUAGAAAUAUAUCAUGUAGAAUAAAAUCAGAAUGAAACAUUGAUGUUCACAAAUAAGUAUGGCGAAUUGAUUGGACAUUAAGUCAUCAAUAAGGAUAAUGUCUUGAUCUAUUAAUUCGAUGAGAACUUGGAGCCUGUUAUCUUUGGGGACAUGCAUUUCUUAUUCAAACUUAGAGGAGUGAUGUAUGAUAGCUUAUUCUGCAGAAUAGCAUUUAACACAGCAUUUAUACCAUAAAAUAACACACUUUACUAUAACAGAUUAACAGUCAGCCCAGAUGCUAUUAAGAAAGACAAGAAGGUCAGCAAUGAGUUCAUGAUACAGCUAGUGUUUGAAGAUUACUGUGGUAGAUGCAAUAGACCUUUUUAAAUGGCACUAGAUGAGUUUUGUGAUACUUGUAAAGAAAUUCUAAAAGAAGAUUUGGUCUCCUGGAAAUCAAUAUAGAUGGUAAUGUAGAAGCACAAGUAUCCUGGAAAUGAAGAAGGCAUAGAACUACAUCAAAGCAGUGAAUCUGAUAGAAGCAUAAUGCUAAAAUAUGAACUCUUGAUAUAGAGUUAAUAUUAUAAGAUUAAAACGAAAGGAACUAAAAACUCAGAAGAAUAAAAAGUAGACAACGAAGAAGAGUAGAAGGAUCAAUUUAAAGACUUCGAUUAUAAUGAUUUAAUUUCACCCAGAGGGACUACGAUUUAUCUACCCUAGACUAAGUCAUUCAAAGAAAUUAAAGCAGAUAUCGACCUUGUUAAUAAUACAAAUAAAAGGCCUGUGACUGAAAAUAUCGGGUUUUUUAAGGAAAGUGACUUUGAGCAAGUUAAAGCUGUCGGACAGCUAUAAUAUGUUGGGAAUGAAUUACUAGAAAACGAUGCUCCUGAGAUAAGAGAGCCAGAUUAAUGGGAUUCUUGA